GGGAAAACUUUGCAUUUAACAAACCUGCACAACAAUCAAAAACUACGCACGGAGGCGUUGCUUCCAGAGCUGUAGAUGGAACGAAAAGCCGCGUCUAUAGCAGUGGUUCGUGUACCCACACAGCUGAACAAACAACACCUUGGUGGCGAGUGGAUUUACAACAACGUAUUACAGUCACACAAGUGAAAAUCGCAAACAGAGCGAUACUUGGUGACCGACUUUCUGGCUUCGAGAUAAGGAUUGGAGAUAAUUUGGAAAAUAAUGGAAUUACGAGCUUGAGAUGUGGAACUCAACAACAUAUACCUUCAAAUCGGGUAAUUGAACAGACAAUUUUGUUGGUUUAGAACAUGAAUAAAGUCCCAAAUUACAUCAACUUCAUUUUGAGUUCCGUACGUUCACCCUGCAUGUAAUGUCGGGGUAGCAACGUAGAUUAUAAGUUGUGUUGAACUUGGUCAUCUUAUACAAACAGAACAAACAAAUGAGACAGUUGUUUGUUUUGGUAGAAAUCUCAGUAAAAGGUUUGAAGCUAGAGUGCUACAUGCACCAUAUUAAUUCGGUUUCUUAUUCGUUAUCAAAAACGUAAGUAUAGCUAUAAAAUACUCGCGAUAACAGUUAAUUUUUUUUUACAUAGUGGGGUACAGUCUGGUGUGAUCCCACGUUGAUUGGUCGUUAUGUGACGAUUGUUAUUCCAGGAGAAAAUAAAAUGCUAACGUUGUGCGAAGUCGAAGUCUAUGGUAUUAAAGAAGGUAUGUUGAGAAAUCCCACCAGUAAGAAAAAGCGUCUAAUUUCCCUCUGAUCUUGAAUUUGCUUUUUUCAAAUGUUCCUCAAAAAUGUGUAAAAUCAGUGGAAAAUUUAGCCGUACAUUACGCCAUUUUGUAUGCAACAACAAGGUAUAGUUAACUGUAUUUCUGUUAAAAGUCUCAAAUGACGGAUCAGGAAGUAUGACUGAUUAUAGUCCCGAUGCUUAGAUAACCUCCAGAUUUUUAAUCAUCUGAACUUUGCAGCUCUGUUAAAGUUUAUUCCGUUUCUCAAUCAUUGGUGAGCGGAUUUCCCAACAGGCUAUUGCCCAUGCAAUAGAUAGGGGAUCCAAGAUACCUCCUCUUUUGACCUCCUAACUCAUUUGGAAUUUUCAUCAUUAGCUUUGCAAAUUUGAAAAACUCUUUGCAAAUCCCUUGAGUGAAUUUGCAAUCUUCGUAUCGGCUGUUGCAAUAAUCCAAUUCAAAUAAACUUGAUUUUAAAUUUUCCUAACCUCCUGUUUUAAUUUCCUGUUUUCCUGUUCAGUUCUGAGCGUUGUCAUUGGUGGAUUAUUUUUGUUAGCCACUUGCAACGCGCAGGACAGAACAAGAAGUUAGGAACUUGUAACAGGAAGUUAAGAACUUCUAACAGGAACUGAGGAAAAUUUAAUCAGCUUUUAGCAACAUUGCAAAUUCCCUCAAGGGAUCUGCAAUGGAGUUGUUUAAAUUGCAAAGGUAAUGAGAAAAAUUGCGAUCAAUUUAGGAACUCAAACGAGGAACGCUUCACGUAGUUUACCUGUAACGUUCUUAUCCGAUUAUGAAUGAUAUGUUGUGAGAAAAAAGGAACUUAAAGUUUAUAUAAAUCGGUAGGAAUUUCUUUGAACUAUAUAAGCUCCUUCAUGGUAGUUGAUUUAAAGAAAUUUAUCGUCUGAAAUGAAGUCAUACUUUUUAGUAGCAUUGCAGAACAAAUAACUACCUGAUUUCCAACUUUAGAUAACUCACAUGCCUCGUUACUAUUGUUAUAGUUUACGGAAGCAUAGAAUAGACCAAAGUAACUACAGGGACGUCCGCGUAGCCUGUUUAAAAGUGUGUGUGAGAGCGAGGGUUCAGGAUAACAAGGGAGCUAUUCCACGCAGGCAGGAUGAAUUAUAUCCGGUAAUUUAUUCUUAACCACCGAAAAAGUUGGGGGCAUGCCCCUCUUGUUCCGCGGUCCGUGACCUAAGCAUUAGAAAAAAAGUGUUAUUCACUUAUAUAGAUAAUUCUUAAGCUUAAGGUGGCUCCCUACAGUUCUCUAAAAUUUUAAGUAUUUUAGUAACCUUCGUUUUCGACCAAAAUUAUAUCGAAUUUAGAAGUCUUAUGCUGUCGAUAUAUGAACAAAUAGGAACAGUGUUAGUGUUGCCAUGGCAACCAUGACGUUUCAUCUUGUGCACUUUUAUUGUCUAAUUUUUUCAAUCAAACGGCAAUAUCUUUUUUCCUUCGGUCACCCCUUCUCAAUUUUAUUAAGAUUUAUAGUUGAAAGAGGAAUGACAUAUUAAAAUUAGAAGAGAUGUUUAAGGCAGGUUUUGAGAUAUUUAUGAAUAACGACUACAAAAAAUCUGUAAUGUAGAAUUUCUUGAAAUUUUGUUAUGUUUGACUAAUUGUUAUGCUUAGCAAAUGUGCAAAAUUUAAAAAAAUUUCACCGAAGGAAACGCGAGAAAAAUAGUUCUAAAAUCCAUUUGAAGUUGUUGACGUGACAAAGUAUGGAUUCGACAUGAUCGCUAAUUGCGCAUGCGUGUGAAUUAUAAUGCGUGGGGAACACGAAACACGUACGGUUUUUAGUUUGCUCUUUUUAGUAAUUUUCACUUUGAGUCUUUGGCUUAUAUGUAUCGCACAAAUAUUUUUUAUUUAUUUGAAAUGAAAAUAAAAAAUAUAUGUUCAAAAUACGAAAAAUUGAGAACACAAUAACGCAUUGACUUAAUUAAAUUUAAUUCAAGUUAAUCAAGUAGAGUUUGACUGCUCGUAUAAAACAACUCGUAACUGUCUGCAGUAUAGUUUUAUUGGAUUCAGCAGAUAAAAAAACUACAUGUGAACUGAGUUGAAUGACAGGACUUACGUAAGUUUCAGUGACGGUACAGGAGUGCCUUGAAGACAGUGUAGAAUAUAGUUUCUGUUCGUGACACUGUUGUUAAUCAUUAUGAGUAUUAUGAAAUACAGUAGUGAACGCAUUAAAUAUAUAAAAACAUACGGAAAGGUAGGUUAAAAACUAGUUAGCAACAUACGUACUGUUCGAAUUUUGAAAAGUUUAGGAAGAUAAUAAAAAACUGGCGUUCUCUUUGCAGAUAAAAAUACAAAAACAACUUCCCGCGGCUUGUUUCAAGAUUUUUACAAGAGUCGCGAGGAUGACGUCUGAUCUAUAUAAGUAUUUUAAACUGGACUAUAACUGUAGAGAGUCACCUUAAGGCAUGUUACACGAGGCAGUUAUUCUACAACUUGUAAUGCAAUAGGGCCAAGCAAUUUAACAAUUAGACAACGAGGGCGAGUUGUGUAUGAGCGAAUAGUCAACGAUGGCGAAGCUGAGAUGACUGAUUCGCUCGUGGACAACGAGGCCAAGUUUGUUUUAGUAUAAACUUAACAAUAAUUUAUUUACAAGAGGGUCCUGAAGGGGGGGUCCCAAUCCCAUUUCCCACCUGAAAUUUUGGCAAAAUCCCAGUCCCAGUUGGAUUUUCAUUAGAAAUCCCAGUCCGAGUUAUUGAAAUCCCAGUCAAUAAACAACCCUUUAUUUAUCGGUAGAAUAAACAGUUUUAAGACCUUUUAAGCCACCGUGUGUGCAAGUGGUGGACACUUUAUGAAAUAUCGGGGGGGGGGGGGCUCGUACCGAAGGCACAGAAAAUGUUUUAAUUUGAAUCCCGGAAAUGGCAUUUGCAGCAUUCUGAGAGAUGCAUAAUCAGAAAACCCAGAAUUCCGGGCGCCAGAGUAUGCCUGUUCGCAGGUAGUGCUGUGAAUAAUAUAGUUAACAAGAAAAAUGAUGACCAAAGACUCCGAAAACGGAUCAAAAUUGUAUUUUAAAACACUUAAAAUGUAGAAAAAUUGGGAAUCGACUCGCAUUACCUCAAUCCCAUUCCCAUUUUUGAGGACUUCAUUUCCCAUUCCCAGUGGCUAAAUCCCAGUUCCAGCAACCCAAAUCCCAUUUUCCCAGUCUAAAAUUAGAUCAAUCCCAGUUCCCAUUUUACCCCUUCAGGACCCUCUUACAACUAGGCAAAGAAAUAAAAAAAAUACACAAAAGUAUUAAUAUUAGAUUUUAAUAAUUUAGUCUCGUUUCUGGAACUGGUUUUCAAUGCUGCGACGGAAUUAUGAGCGGGUUCAUCGGCAUCGAAUUAAAUAUUUUAAUUUUUGGUCUCGUAAAUUGUUUCAAAAUUCAGUUCUAAUUUUAAUCGUAUGCAAGAUGGCGGAUGGUUAUGAAAGUGUGAGCUCCCUAUCUUGUUCGACUUCUCAACAAAAAAACCAACGUAGUUUGCCCAGAGAUUCAUAGAAGGCGAAAUAAAAUUGAGUGGUAGAUGGCUGUCGCCUGGUGGCGAAGCGAAGAAAUUUGUUAAACAAAAUUUCUCCCUGAAAUGGCAGGGACCAAAGAGCAAAAGAUUAUCGAUCCUUGAAGACGACGAAGACAAAUACUUGGAGACGUGUCUCGAAGGAUUUGCACGUACAGCGAACAUUGAAUUCAAUGACAAACCCAAAACGUCCAUCGUCGAACACGUGCUUGCUCAUGUUGUUGUCCCCGAAGGCGAAAGCAAAGUAUCGACAUAUGACAAUUGCAAGGACAUGAAACCUGAAAUAGAUCGCAUAAUGUCGAUGUUUACGAAGUUACAGUUGAAGCAAGAUGAAGAAAGUCAACGAGCGGCUGAAUCCGAGGCGAAAGUCGAAAGUUUGGUUUCAGAACAUAUUUCCAAGAUGGCGACCGAAAUCGAAUCGCUAAAAGCAACCGUGGCAGAACUAGAAUUCGAGAACUCUGCAAUAAAGAACGUUUUAGAGAUGAAACAAAGUGAGUGGAUUAAAGUAGAUUCUAAGAAAAGCCCAUCUAUUGAAAUCAAAGCUGUGGAUAUCCCAUCUGAAACCCCAGUCCAUAACAGCUUUUCAACACUGGAUGUUGAGGAGCCAGAAGAAGACGAAGCAUAUACUAGCUUUCCAGCAUUGGAUGACGAUGAGAAAAAUAUGGAUAGUAGCCAUAAAACCAAUGUCAGCCAUCCAAAGCAAAAGUCUAAAUCUGGAAAAGUAUCAACAUGGAAGAAUACGGAACAAAAUAUCGGUGCCAAGCAAAGAAAUGACCUGAACAAAACCAUUGUGAUUGGUGAUUCCAUGAUCAAACACAUCGACAGCAAGAAAAUUGAAAGGGCUGCAGGAAGUAAAUCGGUUUCCCACUCUUAUAGCGGAGCAAGAGUUAACCAGAUUAAUGAGAAAUUCAAGGAACACCGAAACAAAGAGCAGUAUGAUUGCAUCAUACUUCACGUUGGGACGAAUGAUCUGGUUCACCAAGAGGCUGAACAAGUGGCGGCAGAUAUGGAAAGCUAUUAGAAGAAGUAAAGACACACACGACGAAAGUUGCUGUAUCAAGUGUUAUUCAAAGGUAUGAUGGCCGAGUAAGUUCAAACAAAAUAAAUUGUUAUAAUGGCUUAGUGAAAACAUUAUGCUCCAAGCAUAAUGUUCACUUUAUUAAUAAUAACAAUAUUGAUAAGUCCUUUUUAAAUGGCUCAAAUCUACAUUUGAACCGGAAAGGUGACAGUGCUCUAGGCAGUGCAUUCUGCACAUAUAUUAAAUCUAAUAGAGUUAAAACCCCUAGUAAGGUAUCAGUGCCUUUAAGUGAAAACAACCAGGGUUUUCACCAUGUUUAUGGACACAGGAACAGAGAGUGGACUCUAUACCUGGAGUAUGUCAGCCAGAGGUUGCUGAGCAAAUAGAUAGAAAUCCUAAUAUUGUAAACACAAAUUAUGUGAGUAGCGAUUUUUUAAUUAGCCUAAACUCCAUUCCUAAAGAAAGAGGUUUCAAAAUGGCUUUUCUAAACAUUGUUAGUCUGCCCAAAAAAUUGAUGAAAUAAGAUUUUCAAUGUCAAACAAGUACAUUGAUCUCAUUGCUUUCAAUGAAACACGACUUGACCAAAGUAUACCUGAUAACCUGAUUCACCUUGAUGGUUAUGAUAUUAUUAGGAAAGAUAGGUCGAGAAAUGGAGGUGGAGUAUGUAUUUAUUUGCGUAGCUCAAUCAAUUACAAUAUAAGACAUGAUCUGAUUCCCUCUGAACUAGAGGGUGUUUGUGUAGAAGUUAUUAAGCCACAUAGCCGACCAUUUCUUAUUACAACAGUUUAUAGACCACCAGAUUCAUCAUCUGAAUUCUUUGACCAGUUUGAAAAAUUAAUCAAAACUAUUGAUGAUGAAGAUAAAGAAAUGUAUAUUCUUGGUGAUCUAAACUGUGACAUGCUAAAAACAGAUAAGGAAUCAAAUCUUCCUACAAAGAAAAUUAAGUCACUAUAUGAAUUGUAUCAGUUAUCACAGUUGAUCAAUGAAGCUACUCGAGUAACUAUGACUACCACCAGCCUUAUUGACCAUAUAGUUACCAAUAAACCAGAGAAAAUUUCAAAUUCUGGUGUUAUACAUACAGGUAUAAGUGAUCAUAGUAUGAUAUAUGCAAUUAGGAAACAUUCCAUUUUAAAAAAAAAACAAGAAAACACUACUGAAAUUAGAAAUAUGAAAAAUUUUGAUAAUCAAAAAUUUGUUGAGGAUCUUCAGGAUCAGCACUGGGAAUAUGUAUACUUUUUUGCUGAUGACCCAAACACUAUGUGGGAAACUUGGAAGAAAUUAUUCUUAGAGGUCCUUGAUAAGCAUGCACCACUUCAACAUAAAAAAAUUAGAUAAAAAAAAAUCCCUUGGAUUACAAGUGAUAUAAAGAAACUUAUAGUUACAAGGGACAAAUUAAAAAGGAAAGCCAUUAUCACAAACCUAGAAAAGGAUUGGAAAAAUUAUAAAGCAACAGGAAAUAAAGUGAACAUAGAGCUUAGAAAUGAUAAAAAAGAUUAUUUUUCCUCGAAAAUUGCUGGUCAAAAAUGUGAUCCAAAAAAUGCUUGGAAAACCAUAAACAAUCUAUUAGGUAGACAAAGCAAACCAACAGUGGUGAAUGAACUAAAGCUGGGUGACAAUAGUUUAACAAGUCCAAAAGAUAUUGCAGAGGGCUUUAAUGAUUAUUUUUCAAGUAUUGGCCCUGAUUUAGCAAGCAAUAUUCAUACUUCGAAUGACAGCUUUGAAAAAUAUGUUAAAAAUUCUAAAUCAGAAUUCACUGAUUUCCAGCCG